UUGAUCAAUUUUUCACUGAUUGCCUUGUGUCAAUCAACUCAAUUUUCGUUUUUUGAUUUUUUUGUUUUUUAAUAAAAACAAAAUCAGAUUUUGAUUCUUUUUUUUUAAAUAACUUUUUUACUCAAUCCAUCACAAUCCACUAAUCAAUAAUGCCAACAACAAAUAUAUCACUUUACCUGGAAAGUAUACGUUCAUCAAAAGCGCCAUAUUAUUGUCCAUUUCAAAAUUGUGGUAAAAGUUUUCGAAAAAUUGAUGCAAUUAAAAUGCAUCUAAAUAAUAUUGAUCAUGCAGAAAUUUCACCAACAUCCAAAACAACAACGACAACGACAUUUUCAUCGACAGGUCGACGAAUAACACCGACAACUGUUGCCGUAAUGAAUUUGAAUGAUAAACGUUCGACAUCGAAAAAUUCGAAUUCGAAUAAUGAUGAUGAAAAAAAGAUUCGAAUGAUACAAUUUAAAUAUAAAUGUCAAUUGAUAACAAUACCAGCUGAUAUUGAAAUGAAUAUGAGAAUUGUAUCCGCUCCGAUUGCUAAAAUUAGUGAAAAUUUAGAAAAUUCUGGACAAGAUGAGAAAAAAUUUGUGAAAAAUCGUAAAUGGAAAAAUAAAUCUUUGUGUAAAUCAACAACAACACCGACAACAACAAUGAUAACAACAAAUGUAAAAUUACCUGAACCAUCAUAUCGAUUAUUAAAUUCAUCGGAAAAUGAUUAUAAAGAACCACCCGAUUCAUUAGCUGCUUAUUAUAGAUUUUUGGAUGAUUCAAUUGAAGAAGAAGAUCAAAUGAAAGUUGAAUAUGAUAUGGAUGAAGAAGAUGCUAUUUGGCUAGAAAUGAUUAAUAAAAAAAGACGUGAAGAUCGACUGUUGGAUGUUAAUGUUGAAACAUUUGAAUUAAUAAUGGAUCGUUUUGAAAAAGAAUCAUUUUUUCAAAGUCAAAAUUUUGGUGCCGAUAUUAGUUCGGCAAUUGAUGAAGAUGCUGUUUGUUCGAUUUGUUUUGAUGGUGAAUGUCAUAAUUCGAAUGCAAUAUUAUUUUGCGAUAUGUGUAAUAUUGCUGUACAUCAAGAAUGUUAUGGUGUACCAUAUAUACCGGAAGGUUUAUGGUUAUGUCGUCGUUGUCUGCGAUCACCAUCAACCGCUGUUGAUUGUGUUUUAUGUCCAAAUAAAGGUGGUGCAUUCAAACAUACGGAUGAUAAUCGUUGGGCACAUGUUUUAUGUGCAUUAUGGAUACCUGAAGUUGGUUUUGCUAAUAAUGUUUUCUUGGAGCCGGUGGAUAGUAUUAAUGCAAUACCACCGGCACGAUGGAAAUUAUUCUGUUCAAUUUGUCAUAAGAAAAAUGUUGGUGCCUGUAUACAAUGUUAUAAAAGUAAUUGUUAUGUUGCAUUUCAUGUUACAUGUGCUGUACAGGCUGGUUUAUAUAUGAAAAUAAUACCGGUUAAUGAAAUAACCAGACAAGGAAAUUCAAUAAUAACCAUUAAGAAAUUUGCCUAUUGUCUUAAUCAUGCACCAAUCACCAAAAAUGGUGGAUCAAAUGGUGGUCUUUAUCUGAGUGGUGAUGAAGAUAGCCGUAGUGAAACUACAAUCAAUUCAAAUUCAAAGAAAAAUAAAUCAAAAAACAACAAUAGAAAAUUAAUGACAGAUAAACGAACAUCAACAUCGGUCAUAUCGAUACCAACCAUACCGACGGAACGUUUAUCAAAAAUUUCCGAAUUGGUUUCAUUUCCACGCCGUAAUGAAUUUAUGCAACGUUUAUAUGCAUAUUGGAAAUUGAAAAGACAAUCACGUAAUGGUAUGUCAUUAUUACGACGGUUACAAUAUACAAAUUCAACAAUGAGAAUUGAUGAUAUGAUUAAGGAAAAAUCAUCAAAACGUGAUUAUUUAAAAAUGAAAAAUCAAUAUAAAAAAUUAUUACAAUUACGUCGAGAUUUGGAACGUUCACGAUUAUUAUUGGAAUUGGUACGAAAACGUGAACGUAUUAAAUGGAAAAUUAUUCGUGAAACACGGUCAUAUUUUACUUAUAAAUUAAUUCCAUAUAAAAUGUUUCUGCUACAUUUGUUGGACAAAAUAGUUGAAAAAGAUGUUAAUCAAUUUUUCGUCGAACCUGUCAAUGUUGAAGAUGUUCCUGAUUAUUGUGAUUAUAUUAAAAAUCCAAUGGAUCUUGGAACGAUGCGUACAAAAAUUGAACAAAAUCAAUAUGAAGAUUUUCAGAAUUUUAUCGAAGAUUUAAAUUUAAUUAUCAAUAAUUGUACAUUUUAUAAUGAAAAAGAUACUAUUUGGCAUAAAGCAGCUUUAAAAUUAAAAAUACAUAUCGAUAAUAUUAUUGAUGAUAAUCGUAAAUAUCUUUUAAAUUAUGAUACAAAAACUGGAUUACAUUCAAUGUCAUUGAUCGAUGAUGAUAAUAAUGAUCAGCAAAAUGAUGAAGAAAUUGAUCCAGAUGUUACACUGAAAGAUGAAACAUCAUCAUUAUCAUGAUGAUGAUUUUUUCUUUUUCCUUUUUUUCAAAAUAUUGGUCAUUUCAUCAUCGGAUACGUCUGCUUCAUCUUUGGCCGUUUUUUUAAUCGUUUCAUCA